AUGGCUCACCUGAAGCAGACUUUUUCAUCUCUUUUCAACUGCUUUAGGGAAACACCGUCUCUCUUUUUGGGACUUAUGAGGUUGGACAGCUGCCUAGACACUGACGAAGAACGUGUGAAUUUUGCUAGAAGAGAUGAACUGAACAGAGCUCACAGCGAGGAACCAGAUGGACCCCUGAACUUUGAGCUUGAUGUUUGUCACCAGGAUCCAGAAUACAUGUUCCCAGCUCCCUUGCCACAUGACCAGGUCAAACUGAUCACCAGCUGGGAAGCAGGAUGGAAUGUAACAAACGCCAUUCAGGGAAUAUUUGUCCUAGGAUUGCCGUAUGCUCUCCUCCACAGUGGAUACAGUGGCCUACUUCUUAUUGUCUUGGCUGCAGCAUUAUGCUGUUACACAGGCAAAAUUCUAAUUGUUUGCUUGUAUGAAGAAAAUGAAAAUGGGCAACUGGUAAGAGUGAGAGACUCGUAUGAAGAUAUUGCAAAUGCCUGCUGCAAAAAGCUAUCUCCCAAACUAGGUGGCAUAGUUGUCAAUGUGACCCAAGUGGUGGAACUGAUUAUGACAUGUAUUUUGUAUCUGAUUGUUAGUGGGAACUUGCUGUCACAGAGUUUUCCAUACAUAGCAUUGACUGAGAAAACUUGGUCUAUAAUUGCAUUUGUUACUCUGUUACCUUGUGUAUUUAUCAGAACUCUCAAAAUUGUUUCCAAACUCAGCCAGCUUUGCUCCUUAGUUCACUUUGUUAUCAUCCUUGUAGUGAUGACUUACUGUCUCACACAAAUACACCAGUGGUCCUGGGCAAAAUUCAGACUCUCCAUUGAGUUUGAGGACUUCUUGGUCUCCGUAGGAGUGAUUAUUUUCAGUUACACUUCACAAAUAUUUCUUCCCACACUUGAAGGUAACAUGAAAAACCCAGAGGAAUUUAGGUGUAUGCUGAAUUGGACUCACUUUUUUGCCUGUGUCUUGAAAACAACCUUUGCACUGACUGCUUUCUUGACCUGGGGUGAAGAAACAAAGGAAGUUAUUACAGACAACCUGCCAUCAUUUCUUAAAACACUUGCGAAUUUAUGUCUCUUAACCAAGGCUCUUCUUUCUUACCCUUUGCCCUUUUUUGCAGCCACAGAAAUUGUGUAUUCCUGUAUUUCUGAAGGCAACCAUUCCAAUUACAGAUCUCUAUUACUUUCGCUGGGUGUAAGAGGCUCAUUUCUCUUGUUAACUCUGCUGAUGGCCAUGUUUAUACCACAUUUUGCCCUGUUGAUGGGUUUAUCAGGCAGUGUAACAGGUGCUGCUAUGACUUUUCUCCUUCCUUCUCUCUUCCAUUUAAAACUUAAAUGGAAAAAACUGUCCUUCUUAGAGAAAUGUGCAGAUAUCUCUGUUUUUAUUUUGGGCUUCCUUUGUAGCCUCGCAGGCAUAGUUUGCUCAAUAAAAGGACUGCUUGAAGUAUUUAGAGGAGUGUAA